GUAACUAAACUGGUCUUUCAGUGACAAACCAACGGUUCCUCAGACAAUUGAAGUAUCUCCAAGAUAAUGGUAUCCGCAUCGACAAUGAUGAUGGAUCUCAUACUGUUUUUAGAGAUAUGUCUAUGCAUUUUUGGAGUCGCAGCUACAGAAGAAAAAUCAAUCGAUCAAAUAAUUGCAGACGCUUCCGAAUCAAGCAGAGAGAUGAAUUUUUUGUACGACUCAAGCAACGGAAUGGUGAAAACCGAAAUGGAUAUGAUAUUUCCUAUUGAUGUUUGGCGAGAGCUCAUGCAAAAAAAUAACACUCGAAGUAAACGGAAGGCCAUCCGUCCUUUAAUGUUUCGCUGGAAAACCAAUGAAAUUCCUUACACCUAUGGAGAUUACUUUACUACAAAAGAGAAAGUUGAAGUUCAGAACUCUAUGGACGACUGGAAUGCACUAACGUGUAUUCGUUUCCGGGAAGCUAAUGAUCGAGAUAAAAACAAGAUUAUCUUCAAAAACGGUCAAGGAAUCAGCUAUUACAUGUAUUUUAUUUUUGAGGAGCUGAAGCUCACGCUUGAAUCAGCACCAGAAGCCGAAAUAAUUUCUAAACGGAUUACAAAAAGCAUUAUAUUGCAUGAACUUGGUCAUGCUAUCGGCCUUUUCCAUGAGCAGUCCCGAAGCGAUCGUGAUACCUAUGUUUCCAUCAUAAAAAGAAACGUCAUCAACGGACUUUUCUACAAUUUUGAGAAACGAACGAACAGAGAUAUGAACUUGUAUGAUACUACGUACGACUAUAGAAGUAUAAUGCAUUAUGGCUCCUACCUAUUCUCUGUGAAUGGAGAAAUGACCAUUGUUACGAAAGAUAAACGUUACCAGAAGAUUAUUGGAAAAGCUAAAAUUCUCAGUUUUAAUGACGUUAAAAUUGUCAACGCAAUGUAUAACUGUUCAGGAAAUUGUCCGAAAAAGUCUUGUCCCAGAAAUGGUUUUGUGGCGAAGGACUGUGAAUGUUACUGCCCAGACUUAAAGAAGUCUAUAAGAAAAUGUCCAGUUUCGUUACGAUUGAUUAUUACAGAUACAAGUGGUGAUGGAGGUGUAACUGAACCUACAGAAGAAAAGAUUUGUAGAGACAACCAUAGGUCAUGUGCGGUAUGGGCUCAGAUGAACGAGUGUAAACUGAAUCCUGUAUACAUGUUAACUAACUGUAAAAAAUCCUGUGAUAAAUGCAAAGGUGGAAAAGAUGAAACGGUUGAAGGUAAAGUAAAAUAA